UAGAAAAUACCCCGCCUCAUUACUGUGCGUCUGGGCCCUAGUGGCCACAGAGCACUUUCGGCCCAACCCACACCCCACUUGCCCCCAUCUCCAGCUACAGAGGCAGGGGUGGGUGUGGCGCUCAUCCACCGGAGCCAUUGCCGGCGACGCGCACGCGCCAGCCAUCCGUCGUCUCCCUCGUGCUAUAAGGCCAGCUCUCGAACCCUAGCAUCUCCACUCAGCCCUCUCCACUCUCGCUCGCUUUCCUCUAGUUUUGGUGCCCAUACUGCUACCGCUGCCGCCUCCAUGACCAUUGCAGUCUCGCAGACACCGGCCACCGCUUGCUGCACCAUUAUGUCCAGAAGCCCCACCGGCUUCAUCUACAUCUCCAGCGCCACUGGAUUGAGGCUGAGGGACACCAGCGACGCCAUCCACGUCGAUCCCCUUCGACCGAUGCCGCUACUUCCUCUUCGUCCACGACCUCGAGUUCGAAGUCUCUACAUCACUUGGAUCGGGCGGCUUCAUCGACUACGGACACCGCUGCCUCCGCCAUGGAUCCGCGCCACCGCAUCGUCCCGGCCCUCCCCGAGCUCGCCCGACGCUCUCUUUGGUGGAUCCCAGGAGACAGAUGCCACCGUCGACGGAUACUACUACAUGGAGGCCGCCAACGACCAGGAGUAGUUAGGAGGUCCCAGGCAGGAUGCCUUGCCUCUUCAAUCGUUGUUGUUUUGUGCUGGCCUUCUUAAGGAAGACUUGUUUAACUUAUGUUUGUGCUCAGAUUUUGUUGCUUCCGCUAACUCUUGUGUAACGAGCUUGUAUUCGAGC